AUGACCGCAUCCAUCCCUCACAGCUCGCCGCGACUACGACGCUUCCAGCAAGCGCAGGAAGCCAUCUACGGCGAUUUCAACUCCAUCCCCGACCCUAGUCAAUGGACUCCACCACCUGGCUCGGGCGGUCAUCGCGGCCGAUACCUCUGGACCGAUGCAUUCGGCGUGAUCAACUUCCUCACCCUCCACCGUGAAUACGAGACCGCGCCGCACUCCUCCCCGCCAGACGACCGAUGCCUGAUUCUCGCGCGCCGACUCGUCGAGACCGUCCACGAGGUGCUCGGUCGCACGCGCGAUGGCCGGAGCCGGCUCCCCGGCGCGACGGACCACAAUCCGCUGGGCGGCGGACUGCGCAUUGGAAAGACAGAGGCGACGGGCCCGGACGGCGACGGCCAGUAUCAUCACUAUCUGACGGUGUGGAUGUUUGCGCUGAACCGGCUGUCUCUGGCGACGGGCGAUCCGACAUACAACCGACACGCGGUGGCGCUGGCGCAGGCCAUCCACCCGCGGUUCUUCGUCAAUCACGAGUCGACGCGGCCGCGUAUGGUGUGGAAGAUGGCGACGGAUCUGUCGGCGCCGUUGGUCGCGUCGGAGGGCAAUCUGGACCCGAUCGAUGGGUAUGUGGUUUUCCGGCUGCUGCAGGCGGCGGCGCAGCAGGCGGGUGAGGGUGUUGUCCUGGCCGACGAGAUCGCGGACUAUCGCCGGGUGAUGCGCAGGAGGGGAGACCACUGUGUGUCGAGUGAUCCGCUGGAUCUGGGGAUGACGAUGUGGACGAUACAUUGGUUCGUGGAGAAGGAGGAAUGGGCGACUCGGCUGGCGAGUCAGGGCUAUGAGCGGUCUGACGAACUGUUCGAAGUCGACCGUUACUUCGAGCGGAGCAUCAAAUCCCGUCUGGCGUUCCGCGAAUUUGGCACCUGCUUGGGUCUCCAGUGCAUGUCGGAGCAGUCGUCAGAGAAAGAGGGAGCCGUGAAUCUCAAGGCGCAUGCCGAUUCUAUCCUGGCCUCCUGGGAGCCAUACAUGGAGCAGUCGCUUGGGACGCCGGAGGGUCUUCGGCCUAUAACAAAGGUCAUGUAUGCGUCGGCAUUGCUGCCAGGAGGACCAGAGCCGGUCCCCAACCGCGAAACGUAG